CCUGAGGGACAAUCUUAUGUGCGGAAGUGCGAUUGGAAACAGGCAAAAGAAGGAAGGCUACGACAGUUCCUGAUGCAACUAUAAAACGGUCAGUUUAUACCAUGCAGUUUUUACCACAUGUGGUCUGACUUAUAAAGAACUUGUAAAUACACAAGUUGUUCCAUAUUACGUAGGCUAAAGGAACGUUUAUAGGCUGCUUUCAAGUGCAUCACAAUGCAGGGAAGUGCGACAAACCUUUUAAAAGAAAGUUUCGGUCGCUCACAUUCGUCAGAGGAAAUGGAACAUAGGCCUACAGAAUCUCAUUCUGUGAGACCCCGGGUGGCUAUCAUGUCAGGUGAGGUACCCGGUGGGAGUACGGGGCAGCCGUUCAACCGGAACGGCCCCAAACCGUGGUCAGUCGUGGUGCUGUCAGUACUGGGCUCCGCCGUAGCUGUGGUCGCUGUUGGCUGUGUCUGCGCCCUCAUCUACCCGAUACUCAAAGAGCUGCGGGCAGAGAGAGUGAGAGGAGAGGAUGGGACUGAAGAGAGGAUGAUGGGUUUCUGGAGUAUCCUGGUGCUGUCAGUAUUACUAGGAUGUAUCUGCUGUGUUUUCUCAUGGACCCUCACAUACCUUAACUCGUACCAGCCUGGCAUGGGGUUGGGAACACCACUGACACUGGCCGACUUCAGAGAUGGAUCUGGCCAUGGUUUCCACAUGGGUUAUAGUGUUGCUGUCCUUAACGGCAUCAUGGCCAUGCUCACUGUCAUCUGGAGCCUCACCUGACACACAAACACAUAGGGAUGUCCCGAUCAGCUUUUUUGGCCCUCCGAUCCGAUCUGCAGAUUCCACACACAGUCCCGAUCCGAUACUUGUAUUCCCUCAGAUAAUAGAGCUGCACACCGUUGUUUUUUUUCUACAAAAAUAACUAAGUAACUAAAAAUGUUUUAAGCUUAUAUAUAUGUCUUUUCUCUCAACACCAAAACAACCAGCAAACCCCAACCAAAAAAUAAACAGUGGGGAAAGCAAGUCAGGAAAUAUCACAAGGUGUGAGCUGCAAGGUCUGUAGCAUAUUGCAAAUUUCCUAUUUACAUUGAUUGAGUUAUAGGCCAAAACGCUUCUACGUAGCGCCCUUUAUAUGGAGAGUGUGGCCAACUCAAAUCAUGGGCGCCAUAUUGGAUACCAACGUCAGAUGACUCUACAUUGUAACACUAUGGGGCGAAUAUGCUAUCUUGAAAUAAAUCGCUUUUUUAAACAGGCA